CGAACCCGGAACAUCGUCAUUUCAAGAAUAUCAAAUAAUGCGCAACAUUUAUAUUUCCUAAGAUCCGAAUACCCUCAAUUGAGGGCACAUCAAUAUCCAAUCCCGCAUACAUUAAUACCAGUCACUUGGAUAUGCGAUGUCGACCCAACGUCGAGGAGAAGAUCCAUUAAAUAUCGAUGUAGGCACCAAUGCCGAUCUUCCAUCCCUCGCUGCACUAUUCAUGAUAUAUUUCGAUAUCAAGGCUGGCUAUACAAUUGGAUGGAAACGUUCAUUAUCAGGCAUUGAAUUGGAUGGAGUGGUCGAAUAUAGGAGUCUGCCGUCGGGCUUACAUACUGUAGAGGAGGAUUUGAUAUACUUCACCCACGAUAAUUAUGCAGGACUUAGCGCAUUCGUCAACGCGCCGGCAGAUGAAGAUUCGAGGAAUGCGAGGAUGAUUGCUGUGGGUAUUAUGGUACCUUUGAGCUAUGGAAGACUGGGUAGAAGUUGGAAGCAUGCGGAGAGCUUGAAGGAUAUCGCAAGGUAUGACUACAUGACCAAUUGGUGGGAUACUUGCUGACCCCUUUACAGUGCGCUUAUUCUCGACGAGAGCAAAACUGAACGGCUCGAGGAAUUCUGGGAGAGUCAUAAGGGCGAGGACUUAGGCAAGAGUAAGGAAACAGACUCGCUACUAGAUUCUCCUUCAAGCGCAAGAUUUAAAUUUCGGAAUACACCACCGAAAUCAAAAAGUCACAAUAGAAACCGUUCAGCUUCUGAUGGCGCAGCUCUACUUCCUCCUGGACACACAUUAUCGGUAUAUCAUCCUGCAUGGAGCUUACCAAAACUAUUGGAAACAUUUGGUCCUAUGAUCUUCCCAAUACAACGGGCUGCACUUCUGAGGAAGAGGAUUUUGAUUAGUGCUCAUGCGCCGGUACAUGAGACAUGCGAUUUUGGUUGGGAUACCCUCUAAUGUGUUUCUAAUAUCAACUAAUGCCAAAUAGUAUAUGCCAUAUCCGUACUCUCAAAUAUUCCUCUUGCAGUCAGCGACCUCUUAGAACCUACCGCCCCACCACAAAGACUCCGACCCCUCUUUUCAAUUGGCGUCCACGAUAUUCCCCUCCUUGAGGAUGACCUCAAAGCCUUAAAACGAAGAGCCACCUCUGAAGAUACUGUUCCAACCGAUGGCGGCGACGAGCUUGGCUGCGGCUGGAUAGCCUGCACAACUGAUAGUAUCCUCGCCACGAAAACCAAGCUUUACGAUAUCCUCAUAACCAUGCCACCACCCCACGCAUCCGCCUCCACCGCAAAAGUAUGGCCGAAGGUCGAAUGUUCUCCCGGCAGCGUUGAACUUAAAGCUACUCAACGUGAUCUUCGCCGCUACAAAGCCCUCAGAUGGGGACUUUCCCGAACCCCUCACCCCGCCUCCCCAAACAUAAGCAAUUCCCGCCGCGCAUCCACCUCCUCCUACCUCGAGCAAUUCCCCUCCCCAAUCGACCUUAAUUCACCCACCACCGCCCUUCCCCCACGAGACGACCCUAUGCUCGAUAUUCCUGACACGGACUCCAUCAUCGAACCCAUAUCCUGGGCUGCACUCGCCUACUCAGGAUUUAUCUGGUGGGCCUCGGCCGGCGAACAACGUUUACAUUCACAAGAAGAAUGGGAAGCUGACUCCACACUCCUAUCAUCUCCUCAUACGCCAAAUCCCUUCUUUACUCCCCUUCCCAUUAAUCAAGCUGGUACCCUGAAUGCGGAAACCGAAAUGGGUAUCAUUGCUUACUUCCACCGUCUCACAUCACAAAUCCUCACCACACUGAGCGAUGUAAUCGAUGCAUCUGAUUCAGACGACGAACGCGAAGACGAUCUUCACCAUUCUCACCAUUCUUCCUCCCCACUACUCAAUAGAGGAAAUAGCCUUAGUAGUAGUAGUAAUGGAGGAGGAGACGCAACAAAUGAAGACGAAGAAGACGAUGGGAUGGGUUGUGUAUACAUCAGUAGCACAGAUAUGGAACGCAUGGGACUUGACAUUUGGAGCGCGGGCGAUUAUGUGUUUGUAGAGGAAAUUGUCAAGGAGUAUUUUGGGAGAAGGGCUAAGAUUGAGGGAAGGGGCGUGGAUAUUUGUGGGGUGAGGAUUUGCUAGGUGGGCGGACAAUUAACGCGUUUGGUAAGAUUACAUUCGGGUAGAAACUUGAGAUGGACUGCUAGUUUGAGCGCAGAUAGGUAAAGAAGAAUAUUGCGUUGGGGUAUUAAUACAUCUCCUUACCAGUUUCUGAUAUUGAUAUGAACAGGAUAGGGAAGGGAGUAGGAAAAGAAGGGAAAAAGCGAUACCUUCAACAACCUUGGGAGUUCCGGCUUUGAUAGGGAAGUGAUAGGGAAGUAAGUCAGGAGUCUGGGAUUCGGAGUCCAGAGUAAAAAAAUUCACAUUCUGGGAAUCUAGUAAUACUAGGCUGGAAUGGAAUGGAAUUGAAUUGAAUUGAGGUUUGAUCGGGUUAUAAAGGAUGGAUUAAGCAAGCAAGCUAGUUAUUAUUCAGCUAUAUCAUUUCAUGCACUCAUAUUAUUCACAUUAUUCAUAUGCCUAGAAGGUCACUUGC